AUGGACAACUUCACAAAGUGCUGUGCUUUUGAUGCACCCAUCUUGGACCAAGUCCUACCGCCGAUUCUGUUCACGGAAUUCCUUUUUGGACUAAUGGGAAACGUCCUCGCCCUCUGGAUGUUUUUCUUCCAUAUGGACAGCUGGAAGCCCAACUCUGUUUACCUCGCUAACCUGGCUGUGGCAGACUCGUUGGUCCUUUUCUGCCUGCCGUUCAGGGCCGACUACUACCGUAGGGGCAAGGACUGGGUCUAUGGAGAUGCUUUUUGCCGCAUUUUACUAUUUCUCUUGGCUGUUAACGGGGCUGCGGGCAUUUUCUUCCUCACUGCCAUUGCCAUGUACCGUUACCUGAAGAUCGUACACCCCCUCAACUGCAUCAACCGAAUCGGUCUGCGCUACGUCCUCUGGGUCUCUCUUGGUCUAUGGGGUCUUAUCAUAGCCAUGACCGUCUACUUGCUAAUAGACAAACAUUUCUACUUUCAAAACAACCGCACUCAGUGUGAGAGUUUUAAUAUUUGCAUGGGGCACAAUUCACUGUCAGACUGGCACAAUGCAUUCUAUGUAAUCCAAUUCUUUGUACCAACAGGCAUCGUUAUAUAUUGCACUACUUGUAUUACGUGGCAGUUGAAGAAUAAGACUGUGGACACUCAGGGUAAAAUCAAGAGGGCCAUCCAGUUUGUCUUAGCAGUGGCGUUGGUUUUCAUUGUUUGUUUCUUCCCCAGUAACGUCUCUCGAAUUGCUGUGUGGGUCCUGAAGGCCUGGUAUAGCAAGUGCCACUAUUUCCGUGAUGCAAAUGUGGCUUUUUACAGUACCAUUUGCUUUACCUACUUCAACAGUGUGCUAAACCCCCUUGUUUGUUAUUUGAAACUUCUAGGAAAGAAAAUAGAUGAGGAAGAUGCUGAGAAGAAUCACAGUUCAAAAACUAGUGUCUCAGACAAGUAAACAAGUGAAUAGCCACUACAUUUAUAUGCAUACUGAUAUACAACACAUCUAUUUGUGACCUCUUGAAGUAACAUUAAACAAACUGAAUUACAAAAAGCGAUAGUCUCAUUAUAUAUAUAAAAAAGCUACAAAUCAGCAUGCAU